AUGGAUAAAGAACAGCGUAACAUCGUUGUUUUUAAUGCAUCCAAAAGGGAACUAUUCACGGCCAACAGUGGUUACAAGCUCCUUCAGAAAAAAUUAAGAGCGCAGUGGAAGAUCCAAAGACCUCCAUUCUUGUCCUGCAGCAUUAAAGAGGAGCUCACACUAGAGAAGUUGCUUGGUGUGAAGCUAUGGAUCACUGCUGGGCCUCGUGAGAAAUUCACUGCUUCUGAGUUGGAAGUUCUGAAGCAGUACCUGGACAGUGGUGGAGAAAUCCUUGUGAUGCUUGGAGAAGGAGGAGAGAUGAAAUAUGACACUAACAUCAACUUCCUCCUGGAGGAGUAUGGCAUCAUGGUUAACAAUGAUGCUGUGGUGAGGAAUGUCUAUUACAAGUAUUUCCACCCCAAAGAAGCACUUGUGUCCAAUGGUGUUCUGAACAGAGAAAUCAGUCGCGCUGCUGGUAAAGUAGUAACAGGGGUCAUUGAUGAUGAAAGUACUGGAAACAACACACAGGCUCUUACAUUUGUGUACCCAUAUGGAGCUACACUGAGUGUGAUGAAGCCUGCUGUAGCUGUCCUUUCAACCGGCUCUGUGUGCUUCCCCCUCAACCGACCUGUUCUUGCCUUCUACCAUGCCAAAGAUGCAGGAAAAUUGGCUGUGCUGGGGUCAUGUCACAUGUUUAGUGAUCAGUACCUUGAAAAGGAGGAGAAUAGUAAAAUAAUGGAUGUGGUUUUCCAGUGGCUCAUGACUGACAAUAUUCACCUUAACCAAAUAGAUGCAGAGGACCCUGAGAUCACUGACUACAACAUGUUACCAGACAUGAGACGCCUUUCUGAGAGACUGCGGGUGUGCCUGCAAGAGGGUGAUGAGAACCCGAGAGACUUCACGUCUCUUUUUGACAUGUCUUUACUGAAGCUGUCCACAAAUACCCUGCCCAAUGUCAUCAAGUCUUAUGAGCAGCUCAAUGUCAAACAUGAGCCGCUACAAUUGAUCACACCUCAGUUUGAAACGCCUCUACCACCUCUGCAACCCGCUGUUUUUCAGCCGGCCUUCAGGGACCUACCCCCUCCCAUGCUUGACCUUUUUGACCUGGACGAGGCCUUCUCCUCUGAGAAAGUGCGACUAGCUCAACUCUCAAACAAAUGCACAGAUGAUGACCUAGAGUUUUAUGUGCGAAAAUGCGGGGACAUCUUGGGAGUGUCAGGAAAACUAGACAAAGAACGGAGAGAUGCUAAACACAUCCUAGAGCAUAUCUUUUUCCAGGUGGUGGAGUUCAAGAAACUAAAUCAAGAGCAUGAUAUCGAUGCAACAGAGGCAAGGUUUCAUGAUUCUGAAGCAUUGUCAGCACCCAUCGACCAGUGAGAAAAA